GUCCUCAGAGAACUAAGAAUGAACAGGACAUUAGGAAUAAAUAACUGAAUUUGGAAAGUAAAUUUUAAAAAUCAUAAAAUUGGGAACGCUCGCUUACUAGCAAACACAGCUAAUUUGAGUAUUUACAUACCGCGGUCAGCAUAACGCUAGUUCGCUUUGGAUAAUCUUAGUACUUACACACAGUGGUUAACAUAACGUUAGCUCACUUACUAGCAAACGGGAAAUCUUUAAAGAUUAAGGUAAAGAAUUGAAAUGCCGCAACCUUUGUGUAUUCUGCAAAAGCAGUGAGACGUGUCGUUUUAGUGAAAACAGUAUUCGCUACCGUACAUACAACAUUACUUACGGUACUACCGUAUUGACGAUACUAGCGUAUAGAGUGGCAUCGGUGGUAUUUUAAAGCUUUAGUAUCACGACACUACUGUAGUACCGUGCAAUCCUAGUACGUGUAGUACAUGUUCUCUGCGUGGAUUAUUGUGGAUUUCAGAGCGUCUCGGUAGGUGGAUUGGUUACAGCAAAUUUUCCCUGGGUGUGAAUGUGUUUGAGCGUGGUAGCCUCAUCCAGGAUGUAUUCCCACCUCACAGACAGAGCUCCCAGGAUAGACUACAGGAUAGAGCGCUUACUGAAAAUAAAUGAACGAAUGACUAUAAAGGCUAAAUGGCACCCAAAUCAUGGAAUCACAUUUAUAUUGAUAGUUAAUGUUUUUAAAAAAUUGUACACCCCUUUUCUUUUUGACGUUUUCUUACACAGCCGACACUUUAGCGACGCUCCCUGACUCUCACACCGAGCCUGUAAAGCCGCUAAGCUCCAGUCUUGCAGUGACACUCCUCUUCUGUGGACGAGUUCAUACGGACUCACUCAGGAUUGCUCAUAUUCAUUUCCACUCUCUCUCUCUGUCUGCCUGCGAUGAAAUUUUUGCUUUAAACAGAAAAAAGGAGGACCAAAUUCGCCCCUGCAAAAUGACGGUGGAUUUUGAAGACUGCCUGAAAGAUUCACCUCGCUUUAGGGCGAACAUCGAUGAGGUGGAGACCGAAGUGGUGGAGAUUGAGGCGAAGCUGGACAAGUUGGUGAAGUUAUGCAGUGGGAUGAUCGAAGCUGGGAAGGUGUACGUCAGCGCCAACAAGCUUUUCGUCAACGGCAUCCGAGACCUGUCUCAGCAGUGCAAGAAGGAAGAAAUGAUAUCAGAAUGUCUGGAGAAGUGUAGCGAGAGUCUGCAGGAGAUAGUGAACUAUCACAUGAUCCUGUUCGACCAGGCGCAGAGGUCUGUGAAGCAGCAGUUGCACAAUUUUGUCAAAGAGGAUGUGCGGAAGUUUAAGGAAACGAAAAAGCACUUCGAUAAGGUGCGUGAGGACCUGGAGAUCGCGCAGGUGAAGAACGCUCAGGCACCGAGGAACAAGCCGCACGAGGUGGAGGAGGCCACCUGCAGCCUCAACGUCACCCGGAAGUGCUACCGCCAUCUAGCGCUGGACUACGUUCUGCAGAUCAACGUCCUUCAGGCCAAGAAGAAAUUUGAGAUCCUAGAUGCAAUGCUGUCGUUCAUGCACGCUCAGUACUCGCUCUUUCAGCAGGGUUUCAAGCUGCUAGAUGAGAUCGACCCCUACAUGAAGAAGCUGGCAGCGGAGUUGGACCAGCUGGUGAUCGAUUCAGCGAUGGAGAAAAGAGAUAUGGAGCACAAACACGCUACGAUACAACAGCGGACUCUUCUACAGGACUUUGCCUACGAUGACCCGAAGGUGGAGUUCGACGUGGACGCCCCCAACGGAGUGGUGAUGGAGGGCUACCUGUUCAAACGAGCCAGCAACGCUUUCAAAACGUGGAACAGGCGGUGGUUCUCCAUCCAGAACAGUCAGCUGGUGUAUCAGAAGAAGCUGAAGGACUCACUGACUGUGGUAGUAGAGGACCUGAGACUGUGUUCAGUCAAACCCUGUGAGGACAUCGAGAGGAGGUUCUGCUUUGAAGUGGUGUCUCCUUCCAAGAGCUGUAUGCUGCAGGCUGAGUCUGAGAAACUCCGACAAGCCUGGAUCCAAGCAGUGCAGGCCAGCAUCGCCUCGGCCUACAGAGAGAGUCCAGACAGCUACUACACCGAGCGCCUGGACCGGACGGCGUCUCCCUCCACCAGCAGCAUCGACUCGGCCAGCGAGCCACGAGAGCGCAGUGUAAGGGUCGAGAGCGUGUUGCAGAGGGUGCAGUGUGUGCCGGGCAACGACGUGUGCUGCGACUGCGGCCAGGCCGACCCACGCUGGGCCAGCAUCAACCUGGGCAUCCUGCUCUGCAUCGAGUGCUCCGGCAUACACAGGAGUUUGGGAGUGCACUGCUCCAAAGUCCGCUCUCUCACCCUGGACUCCUGGGAACCUGAGCUACUCAAGCUGAUGUGCGAGCUGGGUAACAGUGUUAUAAACCACAUCUACGAGGGCAUGUGUGAGGAGCAGGGAUUGAAGAAGCCAGGAGCCAACAGUCCAAGGCAAGAGAAAGAGAUGUGGAUUCGAGCCAAGUACGUGGAAAAGAAGUUCCUGAAGAAGAUGGCAGCAGCGGAGGCCCUGGUGAGCAGCGAGAGAAAAUCGGAGAGGCGGUGGGCUGCAAAAAAGUGCCGACGCCACAACAGCGCCACCACCGUACCCAAACACCGGCGGAAAUACAGGCAGGAUCCCGGCUCGGGUUCCCUCUGCUCAGCCGCCAGCGCUUUGGAGAGAAAGUUCCGGCGAGAUUCGCUCUUCUGUCCUGAUGAACUGGACUCCCUUUUCUCCUACUUUGACACCAGCUCAGGGCCUCGCAGUCUCAGCAGCGACAGCGGUCUGGGCGGCAGCAGUGACGGCAGCACCGACGUCCUUCUGUUCGGCUCGGUGGUGGACAGCGUCACUGAGGAGGAGUGUGAAGUGUCGGAGGACUCGAGUGGUGAGGUGGAGCUGGAGCCGGAGGCAUCAGACCCAGAAGACGUGCGUGAGCUGCAUCCCGGCGCACUGCUCUAUAAAGCCUGCCAGGCUCGUAACCUGCCCGUCAUGGCCGAAGCGCUGGCACACGGCGCCGACGUCAACUCCAUCAACGAGGAGGACGAGGGCAAGAGCCCGCUCAUGCAGGCCGUGAUCGGAGGCUCUUUAAUAGCGUGUGAGUUUCUGCUACAAAACGGUGCAGACGUCAACCAAAGAGACCUAAAAGGAAGGGGACCGUUACACCAUGCUACGUAUUUAGGGCACACAGGGCAGGUGUGUCUGUUCCUGAAACGAGGAGCCACGCAGAACGACGGCGAUGAUGACGGUCAGGAUCCUCUCAGUAUAGCGGUGCAGGCCGCCAACGCCGACAUCGUCACUCUGCUGCGUCUGGCUCGGAUGAACGAGGAGAUGAGGGAGGCGGAGGGGCCGCUGGGACAACCAGGUCAAUACCCAAGUAGCAGUCCUACAGAGCAGCAGUACAAGAAAUGCAUCCAGGAGUUUAUUUGCCUCAACAUAGCUGAGUGUUAGAUGUCCCUGUGUAGCAUAGACAAUCUCUCUCUCUCUCUCUCUCUCUCUCUCUCUCUCUCUCUCUCUCUCUAUCUCUCUGCUAAUCUCCUGCCUCACACACUUAUCCCACAGCACAUCUAAACACCAUGAGGAGGUUCUCGCUGGGCAAAAUAUGGUCUAAGUAUAGUAUUAUAUAGUAUUAUAUAGGAGCAUGCGUCCAACAACUUUCAUGAUAAAUGUAAUAAAAAUCUUUUAUGUUGCUCAUUUCCGACUUUAAGCAAACGUCACGUUGUGUUACGGACGUGUUUUAGAAACAACUCGGCUGUCCCGCGCUACAGAAAUCUGGCCUCCUAAAUAUGAAGUUUGGAGUAUGGAGGGUUCAAACUAAGCUAUGAAUAAGAAAACCAGAGAGAGAAAAAAGUGUUGUCUACAGUUUAAACACGUGCAAUGCAAAAGACUUUGCUGCUGUUAGAGUACGUUUUGUCCAGGAACGCGAACGCAGCAGGCUUUAUAAAGUCCUGAUCGGCUCCCGGGAACUGGAGGACUCUCUCUUUUUUUUUUCUUCUUUUUUUUUUUUCCUGUGCCCAAAAUGUAUGUUUAUGUUUUAUAGAGGAAACAGGGUUCAGCUUGUGCUGGUGUUGUGGGUUCUCUGGUAUUUCUGAACAUCUUUCACCAGUCAGCGCAAAUGAUAUCACAGUUCAUCAGGGUUCGUUAACCGUGUGUAAUACAGUACACGGUGUUACAAAUCAUGAUUUAGAAAAACAUCAGUUCUAUUUAUUAUUAUUAUUAUUAUUAUUAUGAUGAUGAUUAUGAUGUCAUGAGGUGCUAUUGGAUAGAGUGGAAGUCUAUCCCUGAGCUAAAGACUUAACACUAACACUAUGGGACCAGUUUCUCAGCCUCAGCUACUAUCAGAUGCUUUCUAACUGCUUCCUGCUUCUCGACCUUAUCUAAUAAUCUGAUCUCUGGCAAAGAAAAGGAGGGAAUAGCGUGACCAAAAUGACUAACCUCGCUACGAGUGCAAAUUAUUCCAGACGACACGCGUUCCCUUCCGUCUCUUGAGUCUUUAGAGCUCUGAAACACUAAGAUGACCGUCAGCUGUAGUUGUCGAAUUGCUCACGUUGAGAGUUUUAUACGUAAACAAGCUAAUGACCCUUACGAGCGACUGAAAACCCCGUCCAUGUAGAGCGUUCGCGAAAAGCAGUUUUAGCUGUUUGCGUUUCUGCACAUCGCCUCGUAAAUAAAACGCUAUUUUAAAGCAACCUCACAGCUAGCUGAUCAUUUGCGAGACGCCAGAUCUAGCUAGCCGUUAUUGAGCAAACACAGUUGCAAGUCGUGAGCGUCUCCGGGAAAAGUAAGCGCUGCCGGUUUCGUCCUCACUUACGAGGAUGAUGAUGAUGAAGGAUGUUGUAAACACGUUCCCGUCCGAGUGAAAAACUUCAUUGCGAUGCAGCGAAAUAGUCAAAACGGUAGCUAGGCUAGUUCCAAACCAUGUAAUAACACAUGAAAUAGUACAUCAGUGUAGGUACCGAUACUGUACUAUUUUGACAUACUGAUUAGUACUGUUUAAUUCGGGACACUGCAUCUUUUCCUUAAUAUUGAGGUUUUUUUGUUUUGGUUUGGUUUGUUUGUUUGUUUUAAAUAACAAACACACACAUUACUGCCAUCUACUGGCAUGAAGAGUUAUUUCCGUUCCCACUGGACAUACACGCACGUCAGUCGUGUUCGCAACUUUUCACUCUUCGAUCCUUCUUGGUCAGCGUUAGUGUUUCAGUGUGUCGGGGCUUUAGAGUCUCAUAUAUAAUCCUAGUUUCAAUCUUAUUAAGCGAACCUUCAGACAGUCGAGGCAGCUGUCCUUCAUUCGCCUGUGGCAUUGAGGUAGCUUUUCUAAUGCUUUGGGGGGAUUUUUAAACGCACUCGAGGGACUCGAUACCCGCGCUAUCAAAAAUGCAUGAAUCUUGGGGAUGUCAGCUUGAUAUAAAUAACUGUGAUGUAUUAUAUUAUAUCAUAAAUACUAAAAACGUCUUUGUUGAAGGAAAUGAUUAACUACGUAGAGCUACAAGGAAGUAUUAUGCACUUUUUUAGGGGAAAAACAACAACUUUUGUUUGCUCGUUUUGGAGAUAAGAAAUGCUUCGAGUUGGAUUUUUCUUCUCACGUGUUGCCCAGAGCGACGGUGCAAUGAUGAUCAUUUAAAUUGAGAUAAUCAGUAUUUUUUGUAUUGUUUUAUCGAGACAGCGAAGAUAGUAUUUUUUUAACUCGGCGUACUUUGUCAUUAGAUGUUAAAGCGGCAAACCUUCACCGACCUGCUAAAUGCACCUCCUAUCCAAAAAAAAAAAAACCCAUCCACAACCCAUAACUAGACAGACACUGAGCCAAAUAUCAGAUGGGAUAAACAUUUAGAAUUGUAUCUAGUGUGCAUUCAUGUACUGUAUGUUUUAGCUGCGUUUAUCUGGCACUCGGAUGUAAAAUGAUCAGAAUCUGAUUUAUUUAUUUAUUUAUUUAUUUAUUUAUUUAUUCAUUCAUUCAUAUGCUCUGUAGUGCAUGAGUUACUGUCCCGUCCCCCCCUUUUUUUUUUUUGCUUUAACUUCUUCUACUGUAUCUGACUGUAUGUAUAUGAAUAUUUGUUUUCCUACACAAGGUUAAACCUUUCAAGUCUGUGGUAUUUGAAUUGAAAACGUCUCGAGGGACCAUUAAAGCAGCAGUUUGUAAUCUUUACAGUGCGUGGAAAUUUUCCAGGUUACAGGUUUUUUUUUUUUUUCCUGAAACAUCUUUAACAUGAUGUGAUUAUUACAGGUCUAGGAACACUUUUUAAACGUUACACACUGCACCUUUAACCUGGCGUCUGACAUUCAUGGUAUUUCUCUACCUAAAACUUCUUUAAUUGCAGCAAAAACGUGACGUUAUUCUCAUUUUAAAUACACAGGACAGAAACGUCCAGCGCAUAUCGCGAGACAGGAAGGAGGACACGCGAUGUCCGAUUACGAAGCUCCGUGGACUUCGUAAUGCGUUUAUAAGAUGACGUGAACAGUUAGAUUUUUAUAUAUAUAUAUAUAUAAUAUAUAUAUAUACUUGUGUAAUUGAGUCGUCUUCAUUCAUUAGAAUCCAUAGCUCCGCCUUUUUAAUCGCAGUUUUCAGUCAAUCAAAGACCACAGACGCAUUUCUAUCUGUAAAGGAAAACACAAAAACGAAUCAUGCCUUUCUAAGAUCUCAUAUUAAAUCUGUAACUCAUGAGUUUAUUUAGAGCAGGGGUGUCGAAAUAUAUCCAGAACCAGCAUGUGAGAGGUUUUAAUAUGGCCAAGCAAAUGAGUUUAGAUUCUGUGUUUUGAAAUUAAAAUGGACUGGAAUUGAAUUGAAGAUUCGUAAUGAGAGAAAAGGAAAUAAGAGCUUUCUGUUCUUCCGUAAAUUAUUAUUAUUAUUAUUAUUUUUCUAAAUAGAGCAUUUAACUGAUUUUUUUUUUUUUUUCUCACCCACUUGACACUGGAGUGAGUGUAUUGUAAUGUAGCCUGUUAGUUGAACGUAAAUUUUGACACCCCUGGUUUAAACCAUUCCAUCAUGUUUUCCCCUCAUCAGAAGACUCGAUGGUGGGAUUUUGGGAGCUUGUCUUUCAACGUAGCUUCUUAUUAAAGAACGAGGAUUAGCGUGCGUUUGUCUCUCUGGCCAGUGAACAUUUGUAGCACUUUUAAUUUAAGAAAAAAAUAAAUACAUUUGUGCUCACUUGCCAGUGAGGAGAUAAAGGGAAGGAAUUGCAUUCGUUUAAUUUAAGCGUGGAAAGAAAUGUACAGUAGAGGGGGGGAAUCACAUUCAUGUACAGUACUAAACUUUCUGCUGUAGAUGUUAACUCUUCUGCUUGCUUUCAGACUCCGCCGGCACUUUUACUACAUCCUGUCUUACUCCAGUCCAGUCCUGUAAAAUAACUCCUUUGACUGUUUGUAUUUUAAAAAAAAUUCACUUUUCCUCUGUGAACUAAACCACUGCUACCUGUUCUGUUCUCGAUCUGCUUUCUCUGUCCUUUUUCCUGAUUAAAAAAUAUGCUGAAAAUAAAGGAAAGAUGUGAGUGAACUGCUAACCUUUUCUUCUGCUUCGUGCCUUUUAUUUUCCAGUCUUUAUUCACUUUGGGCUCACUAAUACUGCAUUUACCUGGACAACUAACUAACUGCGUUAACAUGAACUGCUUCUUUGUUUACGUAGCCUACUAGGUUAAAGUAUUCCAGUUUUAUUGUGGCAGUUGUAUACAGUGUUUUACAAUCAAAAACGCUUUAG